AUGGAAGAACCACCGGACGUCAUCAUCACACCCUGCGAUCCCUGGCCGCGGCCUUACUACCUCGAGGGCGGCCUGCGACGGGUUGCGCCAUACCACUACACAUACAACACAUGGUGCAAGCAACGAUGGCGAGGCCGAGAAAUCCUCGAGAUCUUUGCCGACGAGUUUCGCGAUCGCCCAAUCGAAUACUAUACCAACGCCGUCAAGACAGGUGCUGUGCUUAUCAACGGUAAGCCUGCGACUGGUGCCGACCACAGAGUUAAGAAUGGCGACCUUGUUUCACAUACCCUUCACCGCCACGAACCGCCUGUCACCCAGCAAGAGAUUGGUAUUGUCCACGAAGACGAAGACAUGAUUGUGAUCAACAAGCCUGCUGGUAUUCCCGUACAUCCAUCAGGCCGCUACAAUUACAACAGCGUGACUGAGGUCAUGCGUGCAGAGCGUGGCCACGGUUUCAACCCUAUGCCCUGCAACCGUCUCGAUCGUCUGACUAGUGGCGUCAUGUUCAUUGCCAAACACCGUAAGGCUGCCGACGACCUCACCGAGCAAAUCAUGGCCCGUACUGUCAAGAAAGAAUACGUUGCCCGCGUCAUGGGCGAGUUUCCAGAAGGAGAGAUCGUCUGCGAGCAACCCAUCAUGCAAAUCAGCCCUAAGCUCGGUCUGAACCGAGUACGCGCCGACGGCAAGGACGCAAGAACAGUCUUCAAGAGACUAGCAUACUACCCUGGAGCUGGAGAUGAAGGGACUGAGAAAGGCGUAGUCACUCCUGGCAUGGAGUGGAAGCAAAAGGAGGGAUACUCGAUUGUGCGCUGUCGGCCUCUCACAGGGCGCACGCAUCAACUGCGUGUACACCUGCAAUUCCUAGGCCAUCCCAUUUCAAACGACCCCAUCUACGCCAAUCAGCGUGUUUGGGGCCUCAAUUUGGGCAAGGGUGAGUCAGAGGCCGACAACGACGAAGACAUCAUGUCACGUCUAGCCCGCAUGGGCAAAGACGAAACAGCAGAUGCUGUCGCCUACCACGAUGAGAUGAUGGAUCGCUACAAGAAGAGCAAAGGAGAGAAACUCACUGGCGAGAAGUGCGAACUCUGUGGAACAGAUCUGUAUAGUGAUCCGGGGCCGCAUGAACUUGGUAUCUACCUGCAUGCUCGCAAGUAUGCUGCUGGAGACGGCAGGUGGUCGUACGAGACGGAAUUGCCUGAAUGGGCGCUUCCACCUGCCGGGUACAGUGGUCCAACAGAAUCGACAGAAGAGUCUGAUCCUUUGGCCAUUGAUCUUAGCAAGCUGGGACUCGCAGCAGAAGGAACGGAAACCAAAUAA